CUCAGGCGCAGGAAGACACACGAUGGCGAGCUUGAUCAAGACCGUCCUCGACGAGGGCUGGAGUUACAGCCUGGUUGACGCGCACGGUACGGACACGACUGGUGUCACAGAAGGCGAGUGGACGGCUGUGAAGCAUUUCCCGACGACUGUGCACGUCGAGUUGCUGAGGGAGGGCAAAAUCCCCGAUCCCUUUAUCGGUCUGAAUGAAUGGGAUGUGCAGUGGGUCGGCGAAGCUGAUUGGUCGUUCAAGACCAGGUUCUCCGUCGACGAAAAGCAGCUCGCUGCGCCGAAUGCUGAUCUCAUAUUCGACGGUCUCGACACAUUCGCGACGGUGCUCUUGAAUGGCACAAAGAUUUUGGAGUCGGACAACCAGUUUGUUGCACAUCGGGUCUCUGUCGCUAGCUUGCUCAGAGCCAACGACAACGAUCUAGUCAUCGACUUUGCUAGUGCCUUCCGCAAGGGUCGCGAAAUUGAGGCGCAGCACGAGAAGCUUCAUCUCUGGAACGGAGACUCUAGUCGCCUGCAUGUCCGCAAGGCUCAGUACAACUAUGGCUGGGACUGGGGUCCGGUUUUGAUGACGGCCGGUCCAUGGAAGCCGAUCUCGCUCGAGACCUACGUCUCUCGUAUCGCUGAGAUCGACAUUCGCACUAACAUUGACGAGGGCUUCCAGGCUAAGCUCGAUGUUGACUUCUCUGUGGUUGGUCCUGGGCGGCCUCUCACAGCGAAAGUCAAAGUCUUACAGCCUAAUGGGCUCGAGGCAAUCGAUGCGCCAGACGUCAAAGUCAAGGAUGGUUCUAGCACGUCUCAAUUUACGCUUGAGAAAGAUCGUUAUGAGCUCUGGUACCCCGUUGGCUACGGGCAGCAGCCGUUGUAUACUCUUGAGAUUGUAAUCUCGGACGAGCAAGGCAAUGUGCUCGACGUCAAGAGGCAGAAGUUUGGAUUCCGCAACGUCAAAGUCGUACAGGACGAACUCGUUGACCAGCCAGGUCGUACGUUCCUCUUCGAGGUCAACGGCACCAGAGUUUUCUGCGGAGGCUCAAACUGGAUCCCUGCUGAUUCGUUCUUGACAACCAUGACACGCGAACGGUACCGAUCAUGGCUGCAGCUGCUCGUCGACGGCAAUCAGAAUAUGAUUCGAGUGUGGGGCGGAGGCAUCUACGAGGCAGAUGACUUCUAUGAACUCUGUGACGAGCUCGGGAUACUGGUCUGGCAGGACUUCAUGUUCGGCUGUGGACAGUACCCCGCAUACGACUCCCUGCUCAGGUCCAUCGAGAUCGAGGCAGAGCAAAACGUCAAGCGGUUGCGACAUCACCCGUCUGUUGUCAUCUUCGCUGGCAAUAAUGAAGACUACCAGGUCGCGGAGUCUUUCAAACUGGAUUUGGAUUAUAGCGAUGAGCACUCGGAUUUCCGAAACACUACUUUCCCCGCACGGCACAUCUACGAACGCCUCCUACCCUCCGUAGUCGAAAAGUACAGUAAUAUUUUUUACCACCGCAGCUCGCCUUACAGUGGCUUCGGGAAGCCGACUACGGACCGGACGUACGGAGACCUACAUCAAUGGAACGUCUGGCACGGCUCUCAGGAACCAUGGCACAAAUGGGACAUCUUGUCCGGUCGUUUCGUGUCUGAGUUUGGCAUGCAGGGCUAUCCCGACAUCCGCACCGUGGACUAUUGGCUCGGUGGCAACAAGGCGGAGCGAUUCCCUCAGUCCAGGACCAUGAAUAACCACAACAAAGCGGACGGUUUCGAGCGUCGAUUGGAGCUUUACCUCAUGGAGAACUUCAAGCAUGCCUUCGACAUAGAGAGCUACGUGUACUACACGCAAAUCAUGCAGGCUGAAACCUUGGCAUCCGCGUACCGGCUCUGGCGGCGUGAUUGGAAGGGCAAGGGCAGGGAGUACACCGCGGGCGCCCUGGUGUGGCAAAUCAACGACUGCUGGCCGGUGACGUCCUGGGCGAUCGUGGACUAUUUUCUGCGCCCCAAGCCGGCGUACUUCUCCAUCAAGCGUGAGCUGCGUCCAUACACGGUCGGCAUGGCGCGCAAGGACGUCGCGACGCACCCCGACGCGCUCUCCGCCGCCCGCGUGAGCAUCGAGAGCCGCCUCGAGAUCUGGGGCACAAACAGCACGCUCGCAGAGAAGAAGGUCACGCUCGACGUCGCGUCGUUCGACCUGCACUCGGCUUGGACGGACCGCUGGACGCAAGACGUCGUCCUCGCGCCGAACGCCGCGACCGAGCUUUGGGCGGGCACAGUUCCCGGUCAGCCGACGCGGACGAAGCUGAGCGACGCCCCGCGCACGAUCGUCGUCUCUGCGCGGCUCCUCGAUGAGGCUGGUGCCGUGCUCGCGCGGUACACCAACUGGCCCGAGCCAUUCAAGUUCAUCCACUACCCUGCUGUGCAGGAUCUGGGGCUCGAAGUGUCUGUCGGCGCGGACGGCGAGUCUGUGCAGCUCUCGACGCAGAGGCCCAUCAAGGGCAUCGUACUUGACGUUGAGGGUGAGGAGGUGCAGUGGGGAGACCAAGCCAUCGACCUCGUGCCCGGCGACCCGCAGGUGAUCAGUGCCGUGGGUCUCAAGGGCAGAACCGUGAAGGCGCGCUUCUUGGGAGAUGGUACGGCUUGAGAAGGUGCCUGCCGGGGGCGCCUCCCUCGGAGGCAUCGAGAUCGACAGCGCGAAGAACUAGAACGGUCCGUAGGCAGAUUAAAGAAUGCAUCUGUGAAGAAUGGAUGAUGGAUCGCGUGUUACGAGGGAGCCAACAUUUUUGUGUGGGCGGUACGCUGUGAUGGAAUGGAGAAGCUACUCCUCUUCAAAUUGCUGAGAACCUCGACUUCUAUCGUCAUGCCAGGCUGAUUGGAUGCGAGACGCGGACGCGAGAUGUCAUUACCAGCCAAGCAAUGCAGAGAUUAAGUACCGCCACGUAGGCUACAGAGUGUAUGUACGUCCCCGUUAAGGAGACCUAAGCGACGGAUAGUUGUAUCAUACAGACUUUACAGAUCGUGUGAGCGGGAUGGGAAAACAAACAGAGACGUUGUACGAGUGCAAUUGAGUCAGAAACAAUAAUUCAAGGUCCAGUUUAUAGCCAACAGUCAACCCAAGAGACGAGAGCAUGGCGGGAGUGGGGAGGACGUGGGCAAUGCUGAGACAGCCAGGGCCCCGAGAGCGCCCAAGCGUCUCAUUAUAAUGAUGACAUAGGGGGUCAGACGACCAAUGCAGCAUAUGAAGGGGGACGCAACGCAGAGAUUGAAAAGCGAGCGGUCGGUGAUGAAGAUGUCGAUGGCAGGCGUGCGAGAGCGAGAAUGUUCUAGUGUCUAUGAAUCGUUAUUGGAUGGUGCACUUGGGUGCUGGCGGUUCUGUCUUGCUAUUCGGAGAAGCCUUCUCAAUCUCAGCGAGACAGAGCUCAAAGACCUUGCCAACGUUGGAGUUGGUCUUCGCACUCGUCUCUACCCAGGCUGCGUGGUUCUGCUUCGCGAGCUGCUGGCCCUCUUCGGGUUGCACCUGCCUGUUCAGAAGGUCGGUCUUCGAGCCGACGAUGACGCAAGGUAUUUGGUUAAGACCACAGAAAUUCACAAUCUUGUCGUAAACAAUCUGGAUCAUUUCGAAGGACUUGCGAGACGCGACGGAGUACACGAGCACAAAGCCGUGUAUUCCGAUAGCGUGUUUGGAGUUGAGAAUGGUGUAUUCAUCCUGACCAGCGGUGUCUAUGAUGUCACAAUCAUAGUUCGUGCCGUUGUAGUUGAUCGUCUUCGAGAACGUACUCUCGAUAGUGGGAUAGUAGGACUCGACGAAGUGACUCUCAAUAAACUGGAUAACGAGCGAAGACUUGCCGACUGAACGGGAGCCAAGGACUGCGAUCUUGCGCUUCUUGAUAACUUCACCGGGCAUGUCGAGUGGGAUGGGAAGGGAAAGCGGUGUGAAGACCGGACGGUCGUGGGGUUAUUAUACGGAGACGUUAGGUAGGUCGGAAGGGUAAGAGAUGAAGAGGGGUGGAGAUUGAAGUAAAGGGUGUCGGGUCUAUUUUCCGCGCCGUUUCUCCGUGGACGCCGGACGGGGGUGUAACGUCGGCUACGGUGGCGAGGGGCACCUAUCGUGCGCGUCACCGGUGGCGAGGGCGGG